AGUCGGUCAGGUCCGCACAAGUCCCGUAUCCACAUACAUCAGUUGGGGGCGGGGGUCGUUGGCUCCACUGAUGUUUGGAAAUCUCACACAGGUACCCGCGAACAUUCACACCUGGCGGUUCAUCUGAAGCUCAGCCUACAGGGCGUGGAAAAGCCAGGAAUUGUUUUCGACGCUGGAUUCCCAAUACAUAGCCCAUACUUGCACAGUUCUUCGGAUUUCCCCAAACAAAGUGCUUCGCCUCCCCGGCUUUAUUGCGAGGAAUAUUAUUGUUUUUUUCUUUCUGCUUACUUCAUUUGUCAUUUUGGGAGAAGAAUAAUGUAAAGCUUUUAUCGCGAUCGGUCUCUGAGGGUUUUGAUCGGCAGUCUGCCAGUUUACGAACAGAAAUCUUGAUCUGGCAUCGCGAGGUCGUUUCCGAAAGUAGGUGACGAUAUGCAUGAAGAAUGUGAAUCAUUAGAAAACAGAGGAAGAAUGCUGCCUUUAUGUGCUUUUUGGAGCUUCAAAGAUCUGGCCACCAUUCACUUGCAUUGAAUGGACCAACAGAGCUGAGAUAUUCUUCUAAAAUCUUUGUGUUCUACAGAAGAAAGAAAGUCAUACACAUCUGGGAUGGCAUGAGGUGUGUCUGCAGCAGUACUCAAGUGGAUCAGAGGAAAAAGAAAAGGAGGAGGAGGGCAGAGAGGGGGAAAAGUGAAAAUGUUUCCCCUGUGUACUGCCCAUCAACUUUGAGCACUUGACUCACCUGCUCCCAAACUCAGUGGUUCCAGCUCCAAUACAGGACACCUUUUAAAAUGUGUAAAAUGGAGGGGAGGGCUUUGGUGCGGUUGUCCUUGCUGCUGUGUUUUGGCUCGGCUUGCUGUGAUUAUGCUCAAGACCAGUUCUCCUCUGCUACUGUCAUCAACAAUGUCGUUCAGGACCCUCACACGGGCCGGAUCUACUUGGGUGCUGUUAAUGCCAUCUAUCAACUAAACUCCAGCCUUCGACUGGAGAGCAUCACCGUGACAGGCCCUAAACUCGACCACCCACACUGCACUCCCCCAAUCACUACCCAAUGCAAUAACGCAAAGGACACAGACAACAUCAACAAACUCCUGCUGGUCAAUUCUGCCAACGGCACCUUGGUCGUGUGUGGUAGUGUUUUCAGGGGCAUCUGCUCCUUGGUGAACCUCAGCAGCGUGGAGAAACCGGUGUACUACAGUGACACCAAAGGUGAGAAGACAUACGUGGCAAGUACUGAGGAGUCUGUUGCUGUGGUGGGGGUAAUUUCGUAUUUCAUAGACACUAAUUCCAACACUAACCUCAGCGUGUUUCUAGUGGGGAAGGGUUACGGUAGCUCGGACAGUUCAAAACUUGUCAGCACUCGGUUGCUGCAGGAGCAUGAUGAAAUGGAUGUCUUUGAGAACAUUGUUGAAGCAUCCACAGUGCAGGCCAGCCCCUUUGUUCAACGCUACGUCCAUGACUUUCGCCAUGCCUUUAAGGAUAACGGCUAUAUCUACUUCCUGUUCUCACGCACUUCGGGCACCAGUGACAGUAGAAAGAUCACUUUCAUAGCACGCCUAUGUGAGAACGACCAUCAUUAUUAUUCCUAUACCGAGCUACAGCUCAACUGCACAGUCAACACUGAACUUCAAGAAAACACAUAUAACAAAGUCCAGGCAGCACAUCUGACCACCCCUGGAGAAGUUCUGGCUCAGAAUAUCACUCCUUCAAAUCCAAACAAUAAAGUUCUUUUUGCAGUGUUCAGUGCAGAUGAGGACGGCAGCAGAUCAGCCUUGUGCAUGUACCCGCUCAGCAGCAUCAACGCAAGACUUGAGGAGGUGAUUGAGUCCUGCUACACCGGGGAAGUUUUGGAGGAUGACAAACCAAAAACUGUUUAUUCGCCCUACAUCUCCAAGACAGAGGCCAUCUGUAAGACCAAAAGAGACAAGAACAUGGUGAAGGAUUACAAAUGUGGAGCAGAGUUCCUGCCCACUCCACUAGCCAGUAAACCCGAAUAUGCUCUUGCCGUUAAACCCGUCUUCACCCGAAAGGACAUGCUGGCAGCAGUUGCUGUGGCAGUGGAGAACGAGCACACUGUGGCCUUCUUGGGAACCAGUGGGGGAGAAGUGUUAAAGGUGCAUCUUGAUCCUAGCCAUUCAGAAUUUUAUCACAGGAUUCCAGGAGAACGCACAGAUGGUGGGGUGAACAAAAUCCUCUUUUUUGAUUCCAGUUUGGACCACCUUUACAUCACCAUAGGCAGAAAGAUCACCAAAGUGCCGGUGCAGGCCUGUGAAGAGAAGAAAGACUGUCAUUCGUGUGUGUCCCAGCGGGAUCCAUUCUGUGGCUGGUGUACGUUGGAGGGGCGCUGUACCAGGAAGAAGGACUGUAGCAGAGGAGAAGAGGAGCAUGCCUGGCUGUGGAGUCCAAAGCAAACGUGUGUCACCAUUCAGUCUUUUGAGCCCCCAAACAUCAGCUGCAAGAAGACAGAUAGUCCAAAGGUAGAAAUUGAGGUCCUCUCGCUUCCCAGUAUCAACAGUCCUGAUAGUCUUAAAUGUGUGUUUGGUAAAUACAGUAGCUUCGCUACUAUGUAUCAUUCACGAGUCAUUUGUGAUCUCCCGUCCUCUCCAGACAUACCAGCCACACCUGAGAUGCAAGAUUUUGUGGCUGUACCAGUGAGGAUCAUGGUUAAUGAUGAUAUCGAAGUUGUUUCCAGUACGUACGAUUUUUACAACUGUGCUGCGGUGGUGAAGAGAGCACAGAAUACACCAUGCAUUGCGUGUGUAACCAGUAAGUGGGGCUGCCAGUGGAACAUUCAGGAGCACACAUGCAGUGAUACAGAUGACACUGUAGAGGGUGAUCAUAUCAUCAAACAUCUGGAGGAUGGCAAGUGUCCACAGUUUGAGAUCCCAGAACCUCUGCUUAUUCCUGUUGGGUUCAAAACCCCCAUCACCUUUCAGGGCAAAAACCUGGAGGAAUAUUCGGGCAAAACCUUUCAGAUUGGCACUGAGCUCAUGAAACAGGUGGGUGAGGUGAUUGUGGAGGCUGAUGGGUUAAAGUACAGUUUUGAAGGAUAUGAGUUUGCUUAUGACAAAGAGCCAGAGGUGAAUGUGACAUUCUACAUAAUGGAUAAAGACACGGAGAGGAAGAUUGACAGCACACUUAGAGUGGUCCUCUACAACUGUUCUGUAAGGCGUGAGGACUGCAGUCUGUGUAAGAACACUGAACAGAAGUAUGACUGUGUGUGGUGCAAUACCACAAAAUCCUGCAUCUACAGACGGCUGUGUAGACAGGAACUUGAGCAGUGUCCUCCACCCAAGAUCGCUGAUAUUGUUCCACGGUAUGGGCCAAUGAAUGGGCAAAUCUCUGUCACCAUUAAGGGCUCCAACUUGGGCAUCAAACAAGAGGACAUUAAGAGGAUCACUGUGGCAGGAGUGCAAUGUGUUCAUCAACCCGAGAGAUACUCAGUCUCUACCAGUGUUGUGUGUGAGAUCGGGCCCUACCCCUUAGGACCCCCCGAGGACAUGUCCAAUGAGCCCACCCUAGAAGGACCAGUAGAAGUGGAGGUGGAAGGAGGGAGAACAGGAUUGUCUUAUGUGAAGUUCACGUACAGGGACCCUGUUCCCAAGGCUGUGUACCCCUCUAAAGGCCCCGCUGCUGGGGGAACCAUCAUCACUAUCACAGGGCAGGACCUCGACACGGCUAGUAAAGAUGACAUCAGCGUCAUAGUAGGAGGAGAGCCUUGUGAAGUGUUGACGUUUGGGUGGGAGAUUACCUGUAAAACAGGCCCUUAUAAAGGACAAAAGAUUCCCUCGGACAAGUUGAUUGUUGUGAAAUACGGCAAGGACACCUCCAAAGAAGUCAGCGGAUUUGAGUACUCAGCCAAUCCCAAAGUUGCAGAUUACGCUCCACGUGCCAGCUUUGUUUGUGGAGGUCGUAAGAUCUUGGUGAUGGGAUCAGGAUUUGAUCAAGUGCAGAGAGCAACCAUGCGAGUGCUGCCCUCUUCUGACGAACUCAUUCAAAAGUCCAGCAAUGUGGAGUUCGUACAGGAGGUUACAAGCAAGAACGAGACAGUACUGGAGUUCCUCUCUCCGAUUGUGAACAAGUCCUACGAGAACCAGUCCUUAAGAACCAUCAUCCAGCUUGACAACUUGGUGGAGAACCUGACGGAGUUCGUCUAUCAUCCAGAUCCCACGUUUGAGCGUUUGACCGAUAAAGCCAUCACGGAAGGCAGCAUUAUUAACGUUAAUGGUCAAGGUUUUUCCAAAGCCAUGACUGCCAUAGAGGCCCAGGCGUUUGUGGGCGAUGAGCCUUGUGCAGUGACAAUCCUGGAGGAUGAUAAGCUGUUUCUGGUGGCCCCCUCGAGCCCUCCUAAAUCCACCUCCAGACGCCAUCGCAGAGACACAAGUUCAGAGGCUAUGGAACUGCUGAUAAAAUUCGGAAAUGGAGAGUGGGAUGUUGGCUCUGUGCACUUUGAGAGGAAAUAUGAGGUUCCUCUUUACAUCAUCAUUCCUGCUGUCAUUGUUCCAAUGGUGCUCUUCAUUGCGGUGUCAAUCUAUUGCUAUAGGAGAAAAAGUCAGCAAGCAGAAAGGGAGUACGAGAAGAUAAAAAAUCAGCUGGCCAAUCUCGAAGAAAGUGUACGUGAUCGCUGUAAAAAGGAGUUCACAGAUUUAAUGAUUGAGAUGGAAGAUCACACUAGUGAUCUAAGCGAAGCUCGGAUCCCAUUCCUGGAUUACAAGAACUACACGGAUCGCGUAUUCUUCCUGCCCUCCCAAGAUGGAGCCAACGAUGUCAUGAUCACCGGCAAGCUGGAUAUCCCAGAAUCACGCAGAGCCAUCAUAGACCAGGCACUCAACCAGUUCUCCAACCUCCUGAACAGCAAAACCUUCCUCAUCAAUUUCAUUCGUACUCUGGAGGGCAAGCAGGAGUUCAAUGCCAGGAAUAAGGUGUACUUUGCAUCCCUGUUGACGGUGGCUCUACAUGGCAAAUUGGAGUAUUACACAGACAUCAUGAGAACGCUCCUGCUGGAGCUGAUGGAGGAGUAUGUUCACAGCAAGAACCCUAAACUCAUGCUUCGCAGGUCCGAGACAGUCGUAGAGAGGAUGUUGUGUAACUGGAUGUCCAUAUGUCUCUACCAGUUUUUGAAGGACUCAGCUGGUGAGCCGCUGUAUAAGCUCUUUAAGGCUAUUAAACACCAGGUGGAAAAAGGACCGGUUGAUGCCAAGAUGAAGAAAGCCAAGUACACUCUGAAUGACACUGGACUUCUUGGAGAUGAUGUUGAGUACAUAGUCUUGACCCUACAGGUGCUGGUUCAUGGCGAGGGUCCCGACGUUACCCCUGUCAAAGUGCUGAACUGUGACACCAUCUCCCAGGUGAAGGAGAAGAUCAUCGAACAGGUGUACAGAAAUCUGCCAUACUCACAGAGACCAACAGUGGACUGCUUCGCUCUGGAGUGGCGCCCCGGAUCUACAGGGCAGAUCCUGUCUGAUUUGGACUUGACAUCACAGAAGGAGGGGAGAUGGAAACGGCUCAACACGCUGGCUCAUUACAAUGUGAGAGACGGUGCCACACUGGUUUUGUCCAGAGUUCUGCACACUCAGCAGUCUUAUGACCAGCACCAGGACAACCACGAAGAGAGAAAUGCUUUGCUGGAGGAUGAUAAAGUAUUUCACCUGGUUAGACCUGCAGAUGAACUGGAUGAAGUGAAAUCAAAGAGAGGUAGUAUGAAAGACAAGGCCACCACGAAAGCCAUCACUGAGAUCUACCUGACCAGACUGCUCUCUAUGAAGGGUACGCUGCAGCAGUUUGUGGAUGAUUUCUUCCGCAAUGUGUUGUGUUCUGGAAAUGUGGUUCCUCCUGCAGUCAAAUAUUUCUUUGACUUCCUGGAUGAACAAGCGCUAAAGCAUGACAAUGUCGAUGAAGAGACCAUCCACAUAUGGAAAACCAACAGUCUGCCUCUGCGGUUUUGGGUAAACAUUUUGAAAAACCCGCACUUCAUCUUCGACGUUCACGUGACGGAGGUGGUGGAUGCCUCUCUAUCCGUCAUCGCCCAGACCUUUAUGGACGCCUGCACCAAGUCUGACCACAAACUGACCCGGGAGUCCCCAAGCAACAAGCUGCUAUAUGCAAAGGAAAUAUCCACUUACAAGAAGAUGGUUGAUGAUUAUUACAAAGGCAUCCGUCAGAUGGUUCCAGUCAGUGACCAGGACAUGAACACGCACCUUGCAGAGGUUUCACGUUCUCACACAGAUAAGUUGAACACUCAAGUUGCAUUACAUCAGCUUUACCAGUAUGCCAGCAAGUACUUCGAUGGGAUUAUUUCGUCUUUGGAAGACGACCCUGCCGCCCAGAGCAAACAGCUGACCCUCAGACUGCAGCAGAUCGCCGCUGCGUUGGAGAAUAAAGUGACUGACCUUUAAUGUCAAGAAGCAGAGACUCGCUGGGGAGAAAGAAGAAGGACGUGCCAAUAAAUUCAAGACACAGCCCACUUCAGUGUGCUACAAAACUUCCAGAGGACUCAAAAAUUAAUGGAGCCUCCACUGCGUGAACGAGAAGCUAGGGAGCGUUCAGCUUUGCUCUUGAUUCAGAGGGACCAAUAUACACUCUGACCAGAGGGGUACUUGAUAAACUUUGAGGAAAAAUGAAAACUCUCUAUGGUACUUCUCAGAUCAGCACAUGCACAAUGAAAAACAUCCAGCAUUUAUUUUUUCUCCUCUGCCAAUAAUCGUUCAGUAUAUUCUUCCUGUGUAGAUGAAAUGAAAGAAUAGUAUUAUAUGUAAAUAUAUUUUUACACUAAAGGCUACAAGAGGCUUUAAAACAAAAUGAGAGAUUGAUUAUUGUUUCUGUGGACGCCUACUAUUUUGUUUUCCUGUGAAUUUUUAUGUGCCACUCUCAUUCCUGUGCGGUGAUAAUGUCACAUCCUGCGGGUUCUAUGGUAGCACUAUGAUUUUGUAUAGGUGUUUGUGAUGCUGAUGUCAAAGCCAGGCUUCUUUUGUCCCUCCCAAGUAUUUUUAAUGUAUUUUUACUGGUGAUUGCGUACAAUAAUGUCAUAGUUGGUUUCUAAUUUAGCCACGAUAAAUAGAGUAUCAGUGCAAAGAACAGACAUUAUGAUCACUGAGUGACUGUCUAUGUCUAAAACAGUGAAAGCACAUUUGAUAAGGCAAUUUGCAGUUUUAUCUGUUUUGUACCAUCUUUGCUUUUAUAUCUGCACUGCGGCAUAUAGCUUGGCUUUUAUUUUAUGGCACAAUUAUGAUUUUGUAUUUUAAAUCAGCAAUAUAAGACUGAUUAGUUCAAAGCAUGUGUUGCUGAUUGCCUUUAUUAAAGGGGUAGUUUACCCAAAAAUUGCAAUUCUGUCAUUACUUACCUUCAUAUUGUUCCAGUUGGAAAAAGAGCAGCGUCAUGGGUUUUGGAACAACAUUAGGGUGAGUAAAUAAUGACAUCAUUUUCAUUUUUGGGUUAACUAUCCCUUUAAACAGAGAUCUGUUUAACAGACACACAUGAAAGAGGGCUGACAGCACAGCACAUGCGAUCUUUAGAUUUGACAAAAUCCGAAUGUUUAUGGCUUUCUCAUUAUUUGCCUUAACAGCAAUUGUUUGGACUGAGACUUGGAUGCCAGUUAAAUCAAGAUAUCUCUAGAUGUCAUCAAUAUCAGUUUAGUCUCUUCGUACUAUUUUAUCUUAUCAUGGAUACAGGUGUUUAUGGCUUAGAGUGUACCAAAGUUUAAAGACUUUUUAUUUCUCAUCUAUUCACAAUCAUCUGUAGCCUUUGUUGUUUUAAUUUUUUUAUAAGUUGUUUGAAUAAGCUUCAUAUCAAAUUAUCUAGCUUAAAGUGUAAAAGGUUACAUAAAAAGGCAGCUGAUGGUAAGUCUGUCAUCUAAAGGAUGUUUUUUGUUUUUAAUCUGUGAAUGGUACUGUUUUUCCUACUUGGACGUUCUGACUCUUAUGUGCCAAACACCACAAGCUGAUGACAACACAAAUGAGGACUGUAUUCUUUGUUCACAAACUUUAUUUUGUGAGAGACUUGUGUUGCCUUUGGUUGCUGAUUUAAAGCAUGUGACAAAGUCACAUCGCAGCCAAAGGGAGGCUGGCACCGCCCUUUCUGAGCAUGAUGGACACAGCAGGAAAUGCCUUUGAACUGUAAAUAUAGCCAGACUGCCAAGUUCAAAUCGUCAUAUUGCUCUUCUCUUCUCUCUCUCUCUCUCUCUCUCUCUCUCUCUCUCGCUCUCUCUCUCUCUCUCUCUCUCUCUCUCUCUCUCUCGUUUUGCUUCUAUAAUUCUCUCUGCCCACUUGUGAUCUGUUGUCUUGCAAUGACCGUGUCAAUGGCUUAUUGUAAAGCUUCUUGUUUGCCUUUCUUUACCAGGUAGUGCCUUAAAGAAUACGAGUAAUAAUGAUUGUGUGGUGAUUGUCUGCAUUAAAAAAUCGCAAUAGGGACAUUA